AUGAAGAUCAUAAUCCUCUUCUUUUGCUUUGUUCUUCCCUUGGCACUUGCAGACCUGAAGGUUGGAUUCUAUGGCUCCUCGUGCCCGAAAGCAGAGUCAAUUGUGCAGCAAGUGGUGCAGAAGCGGUUCAGUCGUGACAAGUCCAUUACUGCAGCCUUACUUCGCUUGCAUUUUCAUGAUUGUGCUGUCAGAGGUUGUGAUGCAUCCAUUCUCAUAGACUCCACGGACGACACGCCAGAGAAAGAAUCAGGUACAAACGAUGGCGUACGAGGAUUCGAUCUGAUCGAUGAGGUGAAGGAGAGCCUUGAAGCAGCAUGUCCUUCAACAGUGUCAUGUGCAGAUAUCAUAACACUGGCUACAAGAGAUGCCGUGGCCUUAUCUGGAGGACCCAAAUACGAUGUUCCCACAGGAAGACGCGAUGGCUUAGUCUCCAACACUAACGAUAUCAAGAUUCCAGGACCCAGCAAUCCCGUCUCCGUAAUAUCACAAUUUUUUGCCAGUAAAGGCAUAACAACACAAGAAAUGGUGACCCUUUUUGGUGCUCACACCGUUGGUGUUGCGCACUGUAGUUUCUUUUCUGAUAGACUUUCCAACUCCCAAGGGAAACCUGACCCUACAAUGGACCCUUCGUUGAGUGCUAAUUUGAUAAAGCUGUGCAAUUCAACUGCCGACCCAGCGACACCUUUGGACCAGCAGACAUCUUUUCUUGUUGAUAAUCAGUUCUAUAAGCAGAUUCUUGUUAAGAGAGGUGUGUUGGAGAUUGAUCAGCAACUUGCCUUGGAUACAAGCACCAAGAGCUUUGUGUCAGAUUUGGCGUCAAAUGAGGAUCGUUUUGAGAAUAGUUUCGCCAGUGCAAUGAUAAAGAUGGGGAAGAUAGAUGUUCUUGUUGGAAAUCAAGGAGAAAUUCGCAAGAAAUGCUCGGCUUUCAAUAACCGUAGCUAG